AUGGUCAAGAUCACCAUCCUCGGCGCCGGCAUCACAGGCAUGAUGACCGCCCUCACCCUCCCCCACGACCACGACAUCACCAUCGUUGCCUCGCACCUCCCCGACGGCAGUGACGACCUCCACACCAAAGCCUGGGCCAGCCCGCACGCCGCCGCCGUGUGGGUCGGCGUGCACGCCUCUUCCCCACGCGAGCAGCGCAUGCAGCUCGACGGCUUCGCCGGGCUGUGGCGGCUCGCCUGCACCCACCCCGAGUCCAGCGUGCGCCGCAUGCACAUGACCGAGAUCAUGGACCGCGGGACCGCGGACGACGUGUGGUACGCCGGCAAGCUGCCCGGCUUCCGCUUUUUGGCGGCAGACGAGCUGCCGGAAGGUGCGUUGUACGGGAUGGCGUACGAGACGGUGACGCUGCUGCCGCGGGUGUUUUUGGGGUGGAUGUAUGAGCGGUUGAAGGGGAGGGGGGUAAGGUUCGUGAGGACGCGCGUGAGGGCGCUGGGCGAGUUGAGCGGGAUGGGUCAUGAUGUGCUCGUCAACGCGGCGGGGCUGGGGGUGGAGCGGCUGAAGGAUGUGAGGGAGAUGGAUUUUAUACCGCAGCAUUUGCAGGUUGUGAUUGCGGAGGCGCCGGGGUACGAUCGCUUGUUCAUUCGUCGCGGGGAGAAUGGGUAUUAUUCGACGGCGUUUGCGCGGAUGGACGGCACGGCGUAUGUGGGUGGGGUGCUGACCGAAGGGAGGAGGGAGUUGAAGCUGUCGGAGGAGGAUCGGUCUCGGAUCUGUCGGCAGGCACAUGAAAACCAGCCAGAUGUUUUUCCCUCUCCUGACCCGAAGGACUGGCCGAUUGUGACGGAUCAUGUUGCUGUGUACCCAACGGUCGUUACGCGCGCUGGUGUGAGGUGUGAGAAGGAGACUAUCGAUGGCCAGCGCGUGAUACACGCCUACGGGCAACAUGCUGGCGGCUAUGUCUUCAGCUACGGUCUGGCUCGUGAGGUGCGCAACCUGUUGGAUGAAUAUUUAUUUGAGAUUCCAGUUGAAUCCAAGUUGUGA